AUAUAUAGAUCUGUAUCAGGUAUGAUGGAUACAUCUUACACCAAAUUAAGAUAUUAGUGCAUGGAAACUCAUGUGCAUGCACUGACACGUACAUAUUUGUGCAUCCAUGUGCAGUGACUUUGUUGGACAUGCUAGAAGUUUGUUAGCCUUGGGUACUUGUCUCAGGAUCUCUCAUUUUCACACCUACUGCCUAGCCGGAGACUGCAGAAAGCUACAGGCCAAAAAUGCUAGUUAGGAACCAAAGACUUUAGAGUACUUAACUUUAAACAGUAGCUUAUUAGUUGUGCCUCCUUUUCCCCAGGAAUAAUUGUCCAUCUCCUUGGUUGGCUAGUUAGUGAUCGACCAGCAGCGCACGUACUGGUCAGUUUUCUUUUCGAAAGGAACCGGCGGUACUAGCUAGUACUGUAAAGUUUAAGGGUUAAUUCACCUUCUCCAGAUAUCCGAUCUAUCUUCCCAUGCAACUGUAUGCUUCCUUCCAAGAGCCAGCCACCCACAUAAAUAUGUGUGAGAGUGAGAUCAUCACUUGCUAUAUCGUCUCACACACGCCACACCAGCUUAAAUUCCCAUAUGCGUCUUGACAAACCUUUGUAGAUAGAUAGACAGAUAGAAUUGAGUGAUGACCUCACCUUUAAUUUGGCAUCUCUGUCUUUCUCUACACAACUCAUGGCACCACUGACGACACAUGACCAGAGCAGCAGCAAGGUCAUCAACUAGCUAGAUCAUCCGAGACACAACCGGCCAUCCAUUAGCCUCCCAUGGAAACAAACAAGGGAAGCUAUGGGAGCUCCGCCGCCUCGGCGAGCAACGAUGACAGCACCGUGGAGGAGGAAGGCUCUGGCCAUCAGCAGGAGGACACCCUCAGGGGGAAUUCUUCGUCAUCUUCGUCUGUGCGCUCCUACGUCCGUUCCAAGAACCCGCGCCUCCGCUGGACGCCGGAGCUUCACCACUGCUUCAUCCGCGCCAUUCAUAGGCUCGGCGGCCAAGACCGUGCUACUCCGAAGCUCCUUCUUCAGUUGAUGAACGUUAGAGGGCUCAGCAUAGGCCAUGUCAAGAGCCACCUCCAGAUGUACAGGAGCAAGAAGAUUGGCGACUCAGGGCAAGAUCAAAUUUGUGCAGUCAUAGGCCAUGUUCCCUUGCCUCGUGUCUUCAAUCAUCGCCAGAUGGGCGCCGGCACCAUAUUGCCAAGGUUCGGCACUACUACACAGCCUCCAUGGAGCAGCUGUCAUGGACCAUAUUGGGUCCAUAGUCGCCCAUUUCUCGGAUCAAAACCGUGCAAUUCGUCAGCAGCUGAAGCAGAUGCAGCUUUCCUUCUGACCCAAGCACAACAUGUAGCUAGAGCUUCAUCUACCAUUUCAGAAUUGAUGAUUCAACACUACCCAUCUCGAGAUGAUCAGCAUGCCAUGAACCACCAACAUAAACGAGUGAAGGAAGGUACGGUGCGCAACAAUGAUGAUAUCCAUGCUCCUCUUGAUCUCGAUCUCUCCCUCGGAAUCGCCACACCACGUAGCAAAAUGAAGAAGGAGAAGAGAUCAGGCUGCAGUUGGGUGAAAGAAGACGCUGAUAAGAAUGUUUCCCAUGAAGAAGAGAUGGAUGAGAUCAGUAUAUCUCUCUCCUUGUUCUCUCCUGGGGAUGCUCUUCGGAAGAUGAAUAGUAGCAGUACAGUAAUAGAUGUCAGUGUGGAUAUUAAGAGAGAGGAAAUCAGCAUGCUACAAUGAGGACAAGUACUCUUGGUCUCACCAUAUGAUCAGUACGCAGUGUGGUGAUAUCUUGUGGUACUUGUCCAUACACAUGUUAACAUGUAGAGGGACAUAUAUACCUAUGUUAUAUCAUACAUAUAAUUUUAUCUUCUAAUUAAAUUUAAAUUAUACUUC